AUCGCGGACCGGACAGGGACCAGAAAACCAGGAAGCUUUUCAUUUGUUUUAUUACUCUGCGGUACUCAUCCCUCAGAAAACCAAACACGAUGGCCCAGUUUCAGGAAGUAUCAAGACAGUCCAGCCUGCACCCUAAGCCUGCAGGGUUGGUUUUGCAGUAUGGCACCGCUGGUUUCAGGACUAACGCCAAACAGCUGGACCACAUCAUGUUCAGGAUGGGACUGCUGGCAACACUCCGCUCCAAAAAGACAAAAGCCACCAUCGGAGUUAUGGUCACUGCAUCUCACAACCCAGAGGAGGACAACGGGGUGAAGCUCAUUGACCCCAUGGGGGAGAUGGUGACACCGGCAUGGGAGGGCUACGCCACCCAGCUGGCCAACGCAGAGCAGGAAGAAUUGCUUACUGCUCUGAAGGACGUUAUAGAGAAGGAGGCCAUAAACAUGAGCCAGGAAGCGAACGUGUUUGUAGGCAAAGACACCAGGAGCAGCAGCGCCAGCCUUUCACAAGCAGUACUGGAUGGAGUAUCUGCUCUCAGUGGUCACAGCAAAGACUAUGGAUUGGUAACCACCCCACAGCUCCACUUCAUGGUCUGUUGUCAGAACACUCUGGGCAAAUAUGGAGAGGCCACAGUGGACGGAUACUACAACAAACUCUGCCAAGCUUUCAUUCAGCUCACCAAGAGUGCGUCCAACCGUACAGACGACCAGAAGCACCUCUGUGUGGACGGUGCUAAUGGCAUCGGGGCUCUGAAGGUGCGUGAGAUGGAGAGACACCUAAAGACGGAGCUGCAAAUUUCCCUCUUCAACGACGGCAGCAAAGGGAAGCUAAAUCACGAGUGUGGUGCCGACUUUGUCAAAGUGCAGCAGAAACCUCCAACAGGCAUUAAGACAAACGCAGGUGAGCGAUGCUGCUCAUUUGACGGUGAUGCUGACCGAAUAAUUUAUUACUACACCGACUCUGAAGGACGAUUUCACUUGCUGGAUGGAGACAAGAUCGCCACACUCAUCAGCACUUUCCUUAAAGAGACGCUCACAGAGGCGGGCCUAGACUUGAAGAUAGCAGUGGUGCAAACCGCUUAUGCUAACGGAAGCUCGACACACUAUCUGGAGGACACUAUGAAAGUAAUAGUGAGGUGCACUAAGACUGGAGUGAAGCACCUGCAUCAUGCAGCGCAGGAGUUUGACACUGGUGUCUACUUCGAGGCAAAUGGCCACGGGACUGUGUUGUUCAGCAAGGCGGCUGAAGAGAAGAUCCAACAGCUGGCUGAAAAUCCCAACACCGAUGACAAGAGGAAGAGAGCAGCUCUCCUGCUGCAGAACACGAUUAAUGUCAUCAACCAGACUGUAGGUGAUGCAAUUUCUGACAUGCUGCUGAUUGAGGCUAUAUUAGCCAUCAAAGGUAUGACUGUCCAGCAGUGGGAUGCCAUCUACAGUGACCUGCCAAAUAGGCAGCUUAAAGUCAAGGUGUCAGACCGCAGGGUGAUCGACACAACAGAUGCAGAGAGACGGGCAGUGAGCCCAGCAGGACUACAGGAGGCCAUUGACAGCUUAGUGAAGAAAUACAGACUGGCCCGCUCCUUUGUGAGACCCUCUGGUACAGAGGACGUGGUCAGAGUUUAUGCCGAAGCAGAAACUCAGGAGAGUGCUGAUGCCCUGGCACAUGAAGUCAGCCUUGCAGUAUAUCGCAUGGCAGGUGGAGUGGGAGAUGAACCCAGGCCGCUGCACUAGAAACACUUAUGCACACAAUGUUGACCCAUCAAUAUGUGAUUUUUUUUAAAAAUGCAAUUCCAGUUGAUAACAUCAUUUUCUACAGUCAUAAUAUAUCAAAAUAUCAUGGUUUUUAUUUUGGUAAGGUGCCAAAUCAUUUUGUACUGUUAAUUGCACUUAGUUCUUCACUCCGAUUUCUAUUUUUCUGUAUUUCUAUGUCAAGAUAUGGGGGGCACUGGAACACAAUGAAAAGGUUUUAUGUUACAUUAAGUAAUGGUACUCUUGGCUUGUUAUUGCAUCUCAAACAGGCUGUCAUGUGCCUAAAAAUAAUGAGUUAAUUUGUAACAUAAAUAAGCUGCUAUACUGGAUACAUAUAUCAUAAUUAUUCAUUUCCGUUUCUGGGAGGUUUUAAUGUGGGUUUCAAUAAACAUUUUAUCAUACUGUAACUUCCUACUACAGUUAAAGUAAGGAAUUUUCAAAUUAAAAUGGUGAAAUUGAAGGUUUACAUGAAUGUUGGGUAGAUUAUUGAAUAAAUAAUGCAAAAAGAGAAAACAACA